GAACGAGCAUGUUAAUUUACUAAAAUGGAAAAAAUUCCAAUAAGGAAGCCAUUGAAGCGUGCAACAAUAAUACGGGCGUCUAAUAGCUGCACAUACUCUACAUAAUUUUAAAAAUCUUUACUAUAAAGAAAAUGAAGCUAUUUUUAAAAAGAAUGUGAGCAGGGAAAUAAUUCAAUUCACAAUGAGAUUUGUCCAACAAAUUAGGCUAACGUUCCUUUUUAUAUACCCUGCUGUGGCGUUAUGGCUGAACAAACUUCCUAUUUCAAAAUUUCCAGAUGAUGUUGAUCAUGCUGUUGCUGGCUGCCAGGAAGACAAUUUGUACUUGCAAUGUCAGAACCGUUACAACAAAUUAAAUAUUAGUAAAGUAUUUUACGGACGUGAUGACACCACCAUAUGCACUAGCAGAGUUUUAGAAUCAAAAAAAAUAUGUAAUCAUACUACACCAAAUUCAGUGAUAGAGAAAGUAAUACUAAUGUGUUCAGGUGAAAACAGAUGCAAAAUUCCUGUCACACCUGAGUUUUUAGAAAUGAAAGACAACAUGAUUUGCCCAGAUAUUCGAAAAUAUCUUAAAGUAUUCUACACUUGUCGUCAGAAUACUAAUAUAAAUGAAGUUUGCAAAGGAGGUUGUAGCAGUAAAUGUUAUCCCGAUUGUUCCGAGUCUUGUUGCAAACCACCAUCUUUAACACAGGCCGUAACAUCUAGUAACUAUAUUACUUCGACGUGUCCAGGAAAUUGCCCUCAGUCUUGCGCUCCUAUGUGUCAGCCUACUUGUUGCCAAAGUUCUAUUGCAUUGAAAACCCCAAACUUUUGUCCUAACGGUUGCCAAAGUUUAUGUGCACCACUUUGUUCACCAAGCUGUUGUUUGUUUAGAGCUGUUCCAACGGCAAAUUUACAAGAAUUCAAACAACCAGUUCCAAAGCUUCAGUAUGAUGUUUUUCGAUGCGAUAACGGAUGCAACAAAGCCUGUGCUCCAUUAUGUCAACCAACUUGCUGCGAAUCACAUCGUAUGCUUCUACAAGCAGCUAAAGUUGAAAGACCGUCUUGUCCAAGUACUUGCAUAAAUAAUUGCAAUUCAAACUGUCCAAGUAACUGUUGCAAGAGUUAUCACUACCCAUUGCCCAUUACAGCUCAAGGAUCAAACAUUCAAAAUCAAGAACCUGUGGUUUACCAAGCCUCAUCGUAUAACUAUGUUCAACCUCCUCAAGCUCAAUCUUUUUAUCAAAAAGAAUGUACAUUACCUUGUUCAGCAGGUUGUGCACCAUACUGUACACCAGAAUGCUGCAGUCGAACUCAACCUCAAAUAAUCACACAAGUUACUUGGUGUCCAUUACCAUGCUCGCCAACAUGUGCACCAGCAUGCGAUAGCGCUUGUUGUAACCCUCAAACCUCUUCACAAGAAUCCCAACAACCGUAUCAAUAUGUAAUGCCGCAACAGUACAUGCAAACUCCACAACAAUAUUUGCAAAAUCCCCAAAUUCCAAUAUCUUCUUCAACUAAUUUAUUUUACAAUAACCCUGUUUCUCCAGUGUAUCCUGUUCAAACAGGAAAUUCAUACACAGAUGUAUCAAGCUCUCUUGGUUCUCAAUAUAUGCCUUAUAUAUCAAUGCCACAGCAACCCACAACUUGUCCUAUUGGCUGUAAAAGCACAUGUAUGAGCUAUUGUCCUCAAUAUUGUUGUCGGGAAAACAUAAACAAAGUUGAUUUAUACAAGACUAAAGAGUUACUGCAACGCAAAAAGUAUCAACAAGUACUCGCAAAUUUUAGAGCAAAGCAAAUACAAAAAUACUAUCAGGGAUAAUUUUUUUAGAGAAAAGCAAAUAUAAAAAUUUAUCAUUGAUAAAAACUACCAUCUUUUAGUUCAAAAAAAUUUUACAUUUGUAGUACCAGCUUGACGUAACCAAGUUCUAGUUUAACCAAUGCAUCGGUUAAAACAAAUGAUUUAAGUAUUAAAAACAACUACAAUUAAAAAUGUAUCUGUUUGACCACGUGACACCAUAAUAUAAUAAUUCAGUUUGACCAUACAA